AACAACAACAAAGAAUCACAGUCUUUAGUUUCCCACUGAGGAAAUCUGAGGAGAAACAGGCAAGUGUGCUUUGUAAUAAGCGUAAUAUGUCUUGAUCAUACAUUGUGCUAAAGAUCAGCAAUGUAACCUUAUAUUUUCCUUUUAAAAAGCGUAAUUUGAUCUCAAUCUGAAACUACGAUGACUUGACAACUCAUUUUACUGCAAAGAAGUAAGCAUGAAGUGCUUCUUUACACACAAUGAUGGCCUGCUUCAUCCAGAGCAGGUUUAAAAUCUGCUUCCUCUUCUUACUCUUGGUAGUCUUCAUUGGGCUCACCUCUGUACACGUCUCCAACAUCACCUUCAGAAUAUCCAAAGAGUGGCUCCCCAGUAUUGCCAGACAGCUUCACUCUUUUUACUUCCCAACCAACAUCCGAAGCAUCGGCAAUCAAACGCUGGUAAAGCAGCCUCUUUUUCUUCACCAUAACCAAACGGCUGGAGAACAGAUAUCCAAUACCACGACGAGCAGGCUUAAUGCCACAGAGUCGACCAAUCAGAAUGCAACAACAAACAUUCCAAAGACACAACCUUACCAUGAAGCAUAUCCACGCAACUACCGUUUCAUCCUAGAUGAGCCGGAUGUAUGUGAGAAACAGAAGCCAUUUUUGGUCCUCAUGGUACCGGUGGCUCCUCAACAACUGAAGGCUCGCAACGCCAUCCGGAGCACGUGGGGUAACGAGAGUGUUGUUCAAGGGAAAAUCGUCACUGUCUUGUUCAUGCUGGGUGUAACGAGCGAAGCAGAGGAGGCGAAACAGAAAGAGCAGUUGAGUUUGGAAAGCCAGCAGUACCAUGACGUGAUCCAGAGCAACUUCAUAGACUCAUACAAGAACCUGACCACAAAGACCAUGGUGAUCAUGGACUGGCUGGCCACACACUGUCCUCAAGCAUCCUACGCCAUGAAGAUAGACUCCGACAUGUUCUUAAAUCUGGAGAAUCUCAUGAGCUUGCUGCUGGCACCGGACACGCCCAAAGAAAAUUACAUGACCGGGAUGGUUAUGUGGAACCGGCCCGUCGUUCGAAACCAAUGGUCCAAGUGGUACGUGCCGAAGGAAGUGUACCCGGAGGACGUCUACCCUACGUACCUGCUGGGGAUGGGUUACGUCUUUUCCAAUGAUCUUCCAGAGAAGCUCGUCAAUGUCUCGAAAGACAUAAAGCCAUUUUACAUCGAGGACGCGUACGUGGGGGCAUGUUUGAAAAAACUGGGCGUCUCACCUUCGAACCCUCCCGACCCAUCCAAAUUCAAGGCUUAUCACGGUGGUGAAUAUAAGCGCAGCGAGUUCGCCAGGGUCAUCACAACAAUCCUUGGCUCCCCGGAGCAGCUAGUAACAUUCUGGCAGGACCUAAAGAGGCCUGCAUGAUCAAGAUCCAGACUUGUUUUAUAUACGGGCUUUUAGAGUGCAAUAAACAUUCUUCAUAUUUAAAAAUUCCCAGCUUUUAAGGCAGAACCUUCUGCACCAAGACAACACUGCCCAUAUAGACUUGCCCAGUACUUCAGGCAUUGUCAAAUGUUUACAGGAAAUUCAUGUCUGUGUGGAUAUCCUCCAGAUCCUCCAACUCCACAAAAAACAUUCUGGUAGGAACGCUGGCAACUCUAAAUUGUCCCUAGGUGUAAAUGAAUAGGUGCGUGACGCGUAUGCGAUGGACUGCCGUCCCACGCGAAGUAUUCCUGCCUCACGUCCAGCGUUCCCAGGAUAGGCUCCGCUUCCACCAUGAGCCUGCGCAUUACAGAGCAGUCACGAAAGAUCAAUUUACAAUUCCUCUACAGGAGAAAAAAAGACUCUCUCUUUAUCAGAAAACUGUGAAGGACUUACUAUGAAAACGUUUAUUUAUAUUUUCAGAAUGCAUAUAUUGUGUAUUAGAAUGUGGAGGCAUGGUCAUAUUAUUGAUACUGUUAAUUGUUCUGAAUAAUUAUAAUAUUGUCCGGGGCUUAAUUUGAGGGAGGAGCUAGGGGGACGUCGGCUGGUGUUUGUUACACAUGGUGUGAGGUGGCACAAAACUGUAAGGGAAUGCCAUUAUUUAAAAAAAAUAAAUAAAUAAAAAUAAUUUUAAAAAAUUAAAUAAGAAUAAUAAUAAUCCCCCUUAUACAGGUGCAGGACCGUGUAUAUUGUGUUGAUUCGGUUUUCAUUUCAGAAUGAAAACAGAAACCAGGGAACAAAAACUUUUUAUUUUUGUUUUUCUUGGCACCCAUCAAAAUUAAAUAUUGACCCAUUUUUAAUAGUUUCUUCUUGUCUCACUAGGCAAAUUCAUGAAUCCAAAUAAGAGAAACUGCAUUCGACAAAAGUAGAAUAUUCGACGGACUAUCUUCUGUUCAAGAUGUGUACUCUGGAGCCAUAAAAGACGAGACAAAAAUGGCAUCAACAUAUGCGGAAGAAAAUUUUUUGCUGAUUGAAAAUUGAUUGAUAUUCUCAAUAUUCGGCCACCGUGUCGUCCGGCUUUACGGUCUCGCCCUCUUGCUCUUGCUUUGUUAAAAAAAAAAUUGAUGAAAAACAAACUAAGUAGAAGUAUAAGAGGUUUUUGUAAUAUGUUUUAAAGCCAAAAGCUCUCAUUUACAUAUAAUAUGUAAAUUAUAUAAUUUACAUAUAAUAAUGAACGCAACAUACACGGACCCUGGCACCUAGUUUUUUCCCUCAUCUACCUCACUAGGCUUGUGUUUUACAAUAUCAUUUAUUUAAAAAUACAUUUGAAAGUUUUAUACUUCUCUUCUAGAUUAAUUUUGAAGCUUCAUUUUGUUGCAAACCCAAAGAGAAAAUCAUCUGACACAAAACAUACCUUGGCUGAUUGACUACACAGGGUAAAGAAAGGUAUUUCAUAUGUAUAGCCUGUAAUAUUAAAAAAAAAAUCGAUUUAUUUGCAUUUCAUUUGCAUUGACAAAAAAAAAAGGUCAAGAUUUCUGGAUUUAAAAAAAAAAAAAAAAUCUGGCUGCACUUUAUAGAACUUUAAACUGCAGCUGAGUAACUAAAUAAAGGUGUCACUGAAAUAUUUAUAUACUGUAUAUACACACAUGUUUUAUUAAAAGAUUUUAUGUUUAUUUCUUUAAGUAAUUUUAUCUCAAACUCAGUGAUUUUAUCAAAAGGUGAACCGGUGAAUAUGCUUUUCAUUAGUGACAUGCAGAAAACGUUACGCACUGAAAAGCAAAGCCUUCCCUGAUUGUUCUUAUAUCGCUUGAACCCUUCACGUGAAAAACAAAAUCAGCAGGGGAUUGCUUUUUUUAAAGAAUUGUUCGCUGACUCAUUUUUUAAAAAAAUCAAGAGUGAAGGUAAUUCCCUGUUGCAUUGCCUUUUCAGUGAGUUGCAGUCGUGCUACACUGAAAUGCAAUCACGGCCCUACUCGGUACCUAGCUGCAAUCGGAGAAAGCAUCCGUUAAGCUUGUCACUUUUAAAAAGUGUUGAUAUGAUGAAAAUGACAGCAAAUGAGGAUCUAGGUGCUAUCAAAUUACUUAAGUAAUACUGUUUGUGUAUUGCAUUUUACAUUAAAAAAAAGCUAGUAAUAAAUUGAGUUCCAUAAACUCAUACCUGCAAAAUGUACUAAUGAUUAGUAACUCAUUAUUAACAAGCUUAAAAUUGGAUGCUGCAACAUUGCCUCUUUCCCAAAGUACUAAUUUAGUGGUUUUCACAGCAACUGUUACAUUUUUUUUAAAAUAAUAAUCCCAUGCCUAUUUGAAUUGAAGGUGUAUCACUACAAAAUGUGGAAAAGUCCAGCACACUUAACACUAUACAAAGUGUA